CAUUUUCGAAGAACCUCAAAAUGAACAUAUUGAGUUGCAUCAGAAGCGCUAUGGCCGUAGAUUUGACUAUUACGAGCGGAAGCGUAAGAAAGAAGCCCGUGAACCUCAUGAGAGGAGUAAGCGUGCAAGGAAACUCAGAGGACUUAAGGCUAAGAUUGCUAAUCGAGAGAGGUUUAAGGAAAAAGUUCUGAUGAAAAAGACUAUUCGGGCUCACGAAUUGCAGAAUGUAAAUCAGAAAGCGGGCCCUGCUGGUGGUUUUACUGAAAAACCAGCAUAUCUACUUGAUCGGGACGAAGUAAACUCUGCAAAAAUACUUUCAAAUACAGUCAAACAAAAAAGAGCCCUCAAAGCGUGUCUGUGUUAG